AUGGAUUCUCAUGCUAGUUGUCGAACACCACCAUUAGGCUCAACAACGUUGAUUAGUUUCAACGCCGCUGAUUCUGACUAUCGACUUCCUUUUCACAUCCAGUUACGAUUACUAUCGAAUACAAGCCCUACACGGCUACCAGGUUAUUCUAUGUUCAAGUGGCUUAUUUCGGAAGCUUAUCUUACACCAUACCGAAAAUCAAGAUGCAAUGGCAAAGGCUAUGUGGCUUAUCGCAAUUUUAUUACCAGGCUGGAGGAUCGAAUGAAGUUGCAGUCACCUAGCCACCUGAGUAGUCCUGGAACCAGUGGGCAAUGGGCACCAUCUUCAGGUCCAACCUCCAUUACACAUGACAUAGACAGUUGGAGUUUUAGCAGGGAUCCAAGUGAAAGCCAAACAGUACAUUCUUUUGUGGGAAUGAAUUGCAUAUUUGAUCAAUGCAAAUCCAUGGGUAAUUAA